AUGACUACUCCAGCUCCCACAGCGCCCAAGCGGACCAAGUCGGAACUCCUACCCGCCGCAAAGCCUCCUUGCAAGAUUUAUUCGACAGCCAUUAUAUCAGAAAAAGCGCAGGUUACCGGUACAUAUCCUGUCACGAUUGGCGAGAACGUGGUACUGCAUCCUUAUGCCAGGAUCAGAGCUGAAGGCGGUAGUGUUAGUAUUGGAAAGGGCAGCAUUGUUUAUGAGAAUGCUGUAGUCGGCACAAGUAAAAGUGACGGUGACGGUGGUGGGGAUGUUGAGGUGGGGGAGUUUGUCACUAUCGAGACCGGUGCGGUGGUCGAGGCGAAGAGUGUGGGUAUGGGGACGGAAGUGGGAGUUAAAGUGUUGAUCGGGAGGGGUGUGGUGGUGGGGGAGUGGUGUAAACUCACUGCGCUCGAGAAAGUGGAAGCGGGAAAGGUGUUGGAGGAUUACACGGUCGUGUUUGGAGAUGGGAGGGAGAGGAUUGAUACGACGAUCAAGGAGCAUGGGGCUGUGAGACAGGCGAGGAUCGAGGGGAUGGAGAAGGCGGUGGGGGUGUUUGGGAAGCUGAUACCUAAUGGGGCUGCUAAGUGGGCUGCCAACGCCGAUGGCUUCGAAGGCCUGGAUGGCGACAAAUGGAGACACACCGGCUCCAGCAGGAUUUCGUGCUUGAUGCACGGAAGCAUGAUCAUGAUGAUAUGGCUGCGGAUAACAUACAGUGUCAUCGCCUUGUCGCUCCGAAUCCACGACUCGCCACGACACCUUACAGCGGCUCCUACCACACACGCCAACGCGCUAGAUUGGACAUUUUUCUGGCUUUUUCCACCAGAAUCCAGCAUGCUCCCAAUAGUCAGGGAUACAGUACCCCUCAGUCACUGA